AGAGCCUUCCAGUUCCCCAUGGGGAGAUCAGUCCUGGGAGAGGCUGAGGAGCAGAGAGGCAGCAAGGGACUCGCUGGGUGGACGGGCAGAACUGACUGGAGACUGGACAGGGAGAAGGGGCUUCUGGCUGGCAGGAAGCCGUUUUCAGCGGGUGAAGCAGGCCGUGAGGGUCCCGUACAAGAGGGACGGCAACCCACCUCGCCCUACAGAUCCCGAAUCAAGGCUGCCCCACGUGGAGGAGCCACCCCUAGGUCAGAAAUAUGGGGGAAAUGGAACAGAUGAAGCAGGAGGCUGAGCAGCUGAAGAAGCAGAUUGCGGAUGCCCGGAAAGCCUGUGCAGACACAACGCUUGCUCAGAUUGUGUCUGGAGUAGAGGUCGUUGGCCGCAUUCAGAUGCGGACCCGAAGGACCCUGCGUGGGCACCUGGCCAAGAUCUAUGCCAUGCACUGGUCCACAGACUCCAAACUUCUGGUCAGUGCCUCACAAGAUGGGAAGCUGAUUGUGUGGGACACAUACACAACAAACAAGGUACAUGCCAUCCCUUUGCGUUCUUCCUGGGUCAUGACCUGUGCCUAUGCACCCUCAGGCAAUUUUGUGGCCUGUGGGGGCCUUGACAACAUGUGCUCCAUCUACAACCUCAAGACUCGUGAAGGCAAUGUCAAAGUGAGCAGGGAGCUCUCAGCCCAUACAGGUUACCUCUCCUGCUGCCGAUUUCUUGAUGACAACAGUAUUGUGACUAGCUCUGGAGAUACCACAUGCGCACUCUGGGACAUUGAGACAGGGCAGCAGAAGACAGUGUUCCUGGGUCACACUGGAGACUGUAUGAGCUUGGCCGUCUCCCCAGACUUCAAACUCUUCAUUUCUGGGGCUUGUGAUGCUACUGCCAAACUGUGGGAUGUGCGGGAGGGCACCUGCCGUCAGACCUUCUUGGGGCAUGAGUCUGAUAUCAACGCCAUCUGCUUCUUCCCUAAUGGUGAAGCCAUCUGUACCGGCUCAGAUGAUGCCACCUGCCGUCUCUUUGACCUCCGGGCAGAUCAGGAGCUCAUAGUGUACUCUCACGAGAGCAUCAUCUGUGGAAUCACAUCAGUCGCCUUCUCCCGCAGUGGGCGCCUCGUGUUUGCUGGGUAUGAUGACUUCAACUGCAACAUCUGGGACUCUCUGAAAGCAGAGCGUGUGGGAAUCCUUUCUGGCCAUGACAACAGAGUGAGCUGCCUGGGGGUGACGGCAGAUGGCAUGGCUGUUGCCACUGGCUCCUGGGACAGCUUCCUCAAGAUUUGGAACUGAGGAUGGCAGCAGAGAGGGAAAGAGCAGGGGAAGCAUGGCACACAGCCCGAGGCCAUGCAAACAACAGAAAUGCCUACCUACCACUCCCGCUUGUCUCUAGACACAGGUCGCUAGUAGGGGUCUCCCAGAGCAAAAGGGAAAGGGGAGGCUGGGGAAGUGGAGCAGAGAGAGCUGGGGAGCAGCACACUCACUGGCCCUCCUCCGGCAGUUUCCAGCUUCAUGCAGGCCUGAAGACCUGCAAAAUACUGUUCUUUAUGUCUCAGGACGUUACAGUGCAGUUCAGACUCCUUGCAUCUUCAAACACCUCUACCCACAUUGACACUCAUCAUUCAGAGGACCUCUCAUGCAGCACCUUUGUCCCAGGCUAAGCUCCAUCCCUGAUUAAACUCUACCCAACUUCUCUGUGCAGCUGUCCUUUGUCACUGCAGACAGCCUCAGAGAUGUACUGGGUUUGAGAUUCCUAUUAUGCAACAUCAGGCAAAAAAGGAAGUGUAAAUUUGGCUCAUUUUCCAUUGGGAAAGACUUAGCUUAAGUCUUAUCUAUGCUUAAAUGGGAGAAAGUAGCCCUCAGACCUGCCAGAACACCAAGGAAUAUUAUAUUUAUUCUUAUGGUUUGCUUCCUGCUGUUCCUUCUCUUUUUGCCUCACUCCUGCAUUAUGUGGUGAUCCUGUCUAACCAGUAGCCAUCGACUCCUGUUCUGAAGUCUGUUAUAGAUCAUCAUAGCCCAAACUAAUAAAACAAGCUCACACAAACA